GUCGGAGUUGUUCGGAGUCGGAAUCGUCCGUAGUCGUCCAGAGUUUUUCAGAGUCAUUUUAGUCAUUCGGAGUCGGUUAGAGUCGGAGUCAGCCGGAGUCGGCCUUCGAAACAAAGCCCUUUAUAGGAAGUGCAAGCGCAAAGUGGAAGACAACCAAACCCCAACUAAAUGAACUGCCUUAACACAAGCACAUUGCACUGGACGGCUUCUUUUGACCCCGAUCGACUCUGGACGACUUCGAAUGACUACGACUCUGGACGACUCCGAAUGACUCUGACUCUUGUCGACUCUGGACGACUCCGAGUCCGAGCCUAACUAGUGGUUCGGAUUUUGCCGUACUAAUAAAAGCCGAAGUCGGACCGGAGUCGUGGAUGCGCUCUGCGGAGCACAUCAGUAAUACUGCCCAUACCCUAACAACAAGGAAGAGUCUUUACAGCGGAUCCUCCGGGGUUUGCCCAACUUCUAAGCAUUGGCCGUCUUGCACUGAUGAUACUGUGUGUUAACUUUGUCUACGCCUAAUCCGUAACAGAGCCCGCAGCAUACGCACCCCUUCUAAGCACGACUACAAUGUACCGACCGCACUUUAUACCCACCAAAACCAUCCGUGAGAAAAUGCGAAUCUUCGAGCAAGAUGAAACAAACCUAGACGACCGGAUCGUCCCAAACGGUAACAGUACAUACGCGAGCGCACCAGCCCAGCACCAGCAACGCCGCGCAUCGUCGGCCGAACUACACGCGCACCCUACCGGACCAGGAGCGGGAAUGAUGCGCCCAAUCAGCACCAGCCAAAGCGUCAUGACCGACGCGCAGGGACUGAUCGUACCAAAGAAGCUGGCCAACCCGGUGCUCGAGUCGAUCGAUCGGCAAAAUCUGCACCGCGAGAUGAUGUUCAACCAGAAGAUUGGCAAGAGCGUCCUGAACCAAAAGUCCGAGCUGCAGCGGGCGCUCGAGAAGCAGAAGGAGCGCCAGGUGCUGGCGGCCCAAAACCUGGCCAAGCAGACGGAGCAAACGAUCGCGACCGAGCUCGGGCGCGUCAUCAUGCAGCGCGCCCAGCGGCUGGAGCAGCAGAAGGGGGGCAGCGGGACGGGCGGGACCGAUCCGACCGGCGGCUCGAUCAACCCGGAGUAUCUGAAUGCCCGGGCCAAGCUGCGGGCCACGGUCGACACGAAGUGAGCGGUCCCCAGCAGCCAGCAGAAGGGUUGAGCAAGAGCGGAUGGUCCGUGCCGUGUCGGGGCACCAGCGUUUCGUUUUUAAGCUUGCUUUUUUUUACGUUUAGAACCUACUUUUAAUUCCUCAACGUUACUCUAACGCAACCUCUCCAUAAAUGAGCAUUAGCAUUAGUUGUGCGGCAAAGCAUUCGGCAGCGGUAGCAGUAGCAGCCAUAGAAAUUAGGUUCGUGUCGGGUGUUUGCGAUUGGGUGCGCAUGCAGCAGGCGAAUUUCAGGCAGAAUGGAACGCGCCCAGUCGGUUGAAGGCUUCUGGGCGCUUUUACCCACGCGCGUGUGUGUCUGUGCCAUUUGACUGAAAACCCGUUAGAGUGUGAAUGCGUGUGUUGCAAUGUGUGUCUGCGUGUAUGUGCGUGUGUGUGUGUGUGUGAGAGUGUCUUUUUUACCCGCCAGUGAUACGCGAAGAGCAUGCACGUUUGCAGGAAUGUUUGGCAGGGAGCAAACAAGCAAAAAAACAUGGAUGCAGUAGCGAGCGAAACCCGUAGGCUUUAAAUAGGAUUAGUGAAGAAUGCUCUGCUGCCUGCUGCACAAUGCGUAUUAUGUGUUUUAAAUCAUCAUCGAACUGUAUCUCCCUCUCUGUAUUGUCUGUAUUGUACUGUCGCUUUUCGAUUUGGAGGUAGGUUUUAAUGUUAGGCGCGUAUCGUUUUUAAAAACUUCGCAGCUUGCCGGUGUCUGGGAAAAGCAAUGGGGCAAUCCCUGUGUCACUUAAAAUAUGAGAAAAAAAAGUAUAGCACACACAGACAUUCAUUUUAAACCCCGAGCAAGGAACUGCGUAUGCGUGUGAGUGUGUGUGUGUGUGUGUGUGUAUGUGUGUGCAUAAGAAGUACUGCUAGCGAUACUGUUUGUAUAAGAGAACACAAAUUUACCACACACACAAAAGCCCCAUUUAGCGAGAAUGCAAUUACAAAUACAAAAUAGUCACUAAUAGUUCUUCCAACAAAAACAAAAUGCAAAAAAAAGGUAAACAUAAACAGCUGAUGAUAUUUGUAACCCACCAUCACCCAGCUGCACUCCCCCGUGUGGCACAUUCUAAUAGAGACUGCGGUUGUAGGCACGAUUGAGAGUUUUAUUUAUACACAAUCGGAUUUAGAGUGGAUUGUUUCGAACGUAGAUAAUCAAAAGGCCGUUAGGGGUAGAACCUAAUCCCUCCUCUACCUCCCUCUCACCCCUUUAGACAACCUACUCACCACGCCAAAAACGAGUUGCAUCAUUUCUUGUCUUGUGAGCAUUUUAAUACCAAAUUGCGGAUUGGAAAAAAAGAAAUAGGAAAACGAUAACAAGACUUUGCAAGCGAGUGGGAGUGGGUUAACAGCGCAACACUAAAUGAAAGGCUGAACGAGCUGAACGGGUGGAAAAUGGUGUAAACUCAAUUUAUUGCAUUGCAACCUAACGGAUAACCACUGAAGCAUUUCUACCGUAUAUACAGCAAAGUAGUGGAAGAUAUACAUAUAUAUUAUAUUAUAUACAGAGCAUUUUCUUCCUCCCAAUAUAAACCCGUGUUACUCAAGUUACUUGUUGUUCGUACAGGUCUGCCAGGAGCGUAUACGGACGGAGCGCAAGCAUCAGAAGGACAGGGAGGCUGACGACUAAGGCUAUAUUAUUGCUCAAAUAAUGCAACAAGAAGGUCGGGCUCGGUGUUAUUUGCCGCUCACGCCACUCUCGUUCGUAUUAAAAAAAAAAGUGUGUGGACCUCGUGUAGAAUUUAACCCGUUUCUUUGACAAAUCUCGACACCCUUUGCUCACCAAAACAAACGCCCCCGUUGCGUUUGUGCGUAGGAGUAGAGUAGAGUAACGCCACGGGGUAAGCGAUAUGCGUAUGCGUCCGAACGAUGCGCUGCAAUCCUGCGUGGGUUGCAUUUUUUUUUUGCGAAACAGUAAUAGAGCAGGAAUAGGACAGGAAAAACCAAGUGUGCGACGAUGGUCUAGUUUGUGAUAGCAGCACCUAAAUCCUACCGGUAAGGAAACAAAACAAAACUCAAAUUAGAAACGAUAUGAGCUCAGUCGACGAAUGUCGAUGGUAUUGGAAAAUGCGAAGUUAACACGUGCACCUAAUGUAAUGGGAUUUUUUUCCUCCACUCCACUUUAUCCAUAUCUCCCAAAAGAAACAAAAAAAAACAAACAAAUAUUUGUAACAAUCUAGUAGGAAAGGCAGGGAAGAACAUUUAUCAAAGAAACAAAUUAAUAAUCGAUUGGGAAUUCAUCUACCUUUAUACAUACAAAAAAACAAAUUGGGCCUUAGCGUAAACAUCUUGAAGACUAGUGGGAGUGGUAGAACGGAUCCAGAAAAGGAACAUACACACACAAUCAACAAAAUAUAUGUAAAUCGUAGAGAUCGAAACGAACCACCGUUGUUAGGCAAGGGACAGAGAGAGAGAGAGAGAGAGAGAGAGAGAGAGAGAGAGAGAGAGAGAGAGAGAGAGAGAGAGAGAGAAAGAGAGCGAAUGGAAGGGAGAUAGAGGGAGAUAGUUUAGCUAAUGGAGGAGAUAUUUUAACGCAAUGCAAUGCGUAGAUUGGCGGCCAUGUGCCGGUAAUGGAUUAGAAUGGUGGCCGAGAAGAAGAAGAAGAAGAAAAAAACAAUACGGUGCACAAUCAAUGUGAUUAUUGGGUGAUUUGGAAAUUAAAACAGAAAAGUAGUGCGUUGUGUUUUUUUUAUUACUAAAAUUUAGUUGUUUCUCCUCGUUUUUUCUUGUUUUCGUGUGUCAAGGCGAGAGUAGUAGGGACACAUUUGGGAAGCGUUUUAGGAAAAGGAAAAAUUGUUAGAGUGAGGUGUUUUUCUUUUUGUUGUUGUGUACAUUGCUUGUGCGAAAUUUUAUCAAUAAUAGCGAGACUAAAUUUAUCAUCACAUCAACACAGCAGAAAGCGAAAGCAGAACGGCCCCAACCCGCUAAUGAAUUGUGCAUUGUGCAACGAAACAUUCUCCCCCCCCCCCCCAGAAUCACACCAU